AUGGGUGGCGGAUUAUUGAAUAUUAAAAUUAGAAAUUCAUCAAAUCCUCCGGAAACAAGAAAAUUAAGUGUUCCCUCAAAUAUCAAAUGGAAUGAUUUAGAAAAAGAGAUUCGAGCAUUAUUUUCCGAAAUAAAUUCAAAUGAUAUAAUUCAAUUAAAAUAUCGUGAUCUCGAAGGUGAUAUAAUUCAUAUUUCAACUGAUGGAGAACUUUCAAGUAUAUUAUGUACGUUAAAUGAAGAAUCAAUGGUGAAAUUUGAUUUGGUUAUUAAACCAAACCCCUUAGAAUUAUUAAAGUUUGAAAUAGAUGAUGAAUUUGUUGAUAUUACUAAAAAUAUUUUGCAACAAUGGCUUAGUGAAAACUUGCCAAAUCUUAUUGAUAAAGUAACUCGCGAAGUUGUAAAUUCGAUUGAACGAAAAAAACAAUUAAUUUCUCAAGAUUAUAUAUCAACUUCAAUUGAGAAUGUUCAUAAAGUAUUCACAUAUCCAUCAAAAAAAAUUCAAGGAAAAAUUGGUGCUACCGUUGAA